AUGACUUCUCAGGGCAUUUUACAGAUAGGGGACAUAAAUCACUAUGAAGUGGUGUUGGCCCCUGUUCGGGCUGCUUGCACACUGCCAGGCUUGUGGCUGUGGUUGGAAUGGACUCUGUCUGAGAGUGUAUUGGAGGCGGCAGAUCCUCACCAUGCACAGGAGGGGGAUGUUUUAGCAAGAGCAGGGACUCAGUUUCCUAUGUCCCCACCAGCUAUCCCAGAGCAGAUCCUGAUGAUUUUGGCUUCUGUCUGUGAGCUUGCCUGCAUCUACCUGGCAUUCAUCCUGCAUGACAAGGAGGUGCUGGCCAAUGCCAAUGUAGGGAGCCUCAUCUGCAAUGUAGGGGCUAGUGGACCCACCCCAGCAGUGGGUGCUGCACCAGCAGGAGUUUCUGCACCCUCCAUCUCUGCUGUUGCAACUGAGAAUAAAGUAAAAGCAAAGAAAAAAGAAUUCAAGGAAUCUGAUGAUGACAUGGGCUUUGGUCUUUUUGAGUAA